AUGCUUCCCUUGUGGCUUAAAGCAGUGGAUUAUUUCUUGAUACAAAGGUACAAGUAAUACUUGUAAUCACAGACGUUUUUUACACUGUUUACUGCACCAAUUUGCAAUCAUCUUCAUGUUUUUGUUAGACAAUGUCUCCAUUUUUCUAACAGAAAUCCUGUAACUCCUCUUCCUUAAUGGUUUCCUCCCUGCUCCACCCACAGUUCCUUUCCACAUCUCUAACAGUUCCUUUCUCUCAUUCACUAUUGCUCCUUUCCCCAUCCUUAAUGGUUCCCUCCCGCUUCUCUAAUGUUCCCUCCUCUGUCCAUCAUUUGCAUUUCUUUUGCCUUUUUCUUGACUAAUAGUCCCCUCUCUUCUCAAUGGCUCCUUAAUUCCCCCUUCUCUAAUUAUUUCCCUUCCUUAAUCCCCUAUCACUUACAGUUCCUCCUCCCUUCUCUUCCACUGCUCCCUCCACUCUUCUCCAUGGCUUCUUUAUUUUUUCGUAUGGUUUGCUUCUUUGUGUUUCCUUCUCUCCUAGCUCCUUUCCUUUCUCUUUUUUCUCUAAAGGCCUCUUUUCUUAGCUCUUUCCAUCAAGUUUGUUAAUAUAAUUAUUGCUGGUUUAUACCCUGCAGAUUUGACUUGUGCAUUGUUCUGCUGCUGCCUCAAUUAGAGCACGGCUGAGUGAGAAGAGUAUUUGCUUGUGUUAAUAAUUGUCCAUAUAGAGCACUGACUGCGGAGUCUACAGUAUUGUAUACCACAUUUGACGAGGUAAAUAAACAUACUUCCUUGGAUUUAUUUAUUAAAACUGGCAAAACCAUAUACCCACACUUAUUAAAAUAAAUGGACGGCUUGUAAGGAGUCACCUGUCCUACAACAAAAAGUUUGAAACUGGCAGUAUUUUUUUUAAAACUGCAAAUGUAGGAAAGACAUUCUGAAAUUCUUCCUGGCCUUGUAAUUUUUGUACUUUGUAAUUUGUUUACCCACGGAGCACUUAGGAGCCCUGCUUGUGCCUUCUCCUGGACCAAUGCCAGAGCUACUGAGUUGGAGCUCUAAUCUUAAGCAUUUAUUGAUACUAUUAGAGCUUAACUUUGAUGUAACUCAGGGUUUUAAUACAUAAAGGAUGUAGGAGGGGGGAGAUGGGUGGAAAACCAAUACAACACUGUAUGUAAGGUUGGGGUUUUUUUGUUUAUCUUCAUACGUCUGUCCACCAUUAUUUUAUUCAAGGUCAAGGCUGCUGCCUAACGGGCGCCCGGUCGCCAGAGGCGCCCAAGGUAAGAGCAUGGGCGACCAAAUUUCGGUACAAGGAGCCCGCGCGGGCGCCUGACUUAACACACGGCAUUAGACUUAACCUCCUUGUACAUUAUAUUCCUUUAGCUGGAGUAGGACUUUAAACAGUGGAACUGUUGAUAUGGUUAGCGAUGAUGCGAUUAGGCAGUAUAAAAUUUCCACAAAUAAACCGUAAAUUAUGUAAACCUAACGUGUUCAACUGUGAAGCUUUGUCGAAACGAACGAAGCCAUCGUUUCCGAGUCCGGAUGGCAGUUGAAGACUGGGUCUGAGAUUUGACUUCCAAAUAUGGAAUAGCAAAAUUAUGGGCUGUUUGUUGCCUAUGUUGACAUUCGUGCAGUUCAUCGUUUGCUUGGGUUUUCGUCGAUUUGAUAACUUUUUGUGGCGAGAAUGGGAAGCUAUCUUGCGUGCUAUCGACUGGACGUGCUUGAUGUUCGAUUUCAUGUACCAGUUUGCAACGUAUCAGCAUUUUCAAGAGACUUUAAAAACAACACGCCAGAGAACGCAGUAUGAUAUUUCAUAUUUGUAAUGUGAUGUCUUUACCUUGAAUAAAGAAAUUAAAGUAAUGAUCAACUUUGUGUUGGUUGUAUUUCUGCCUUGCUGCACGUGCAUGACGUGGCAUGACAUGGCAGGAAAUAAUCACAUUCACGGACAAAGAAACUUGCAUGCAUGCAUGUAGUUAUUCAGAUACAGCCAUUUCGGAGAAAACCUAAAAAAAAAAAAAACUAAAAUCUUUAUUCAGCCGUAAUAAACAGAGGUCAAAGGAUAUAAAACACUUUACAACUGCAUCUGAAAUCAAAGCCUAUCAGGGACACCUACCGAAGCAUAAACCACAGGAAAUGAUUACUCAGUAUGCAUGUAACAAACCUGCUUCAUGACCUCUAAAUAUAAGAUUUAUAGUGCGGCAAAAACAAGAUUUACUCAGUCAAAGUUUAGAAUGCUACACCUCUUGCACUGUGUAGUGCUAGUAACCUUCGCGCGAGAGAAAAAAGCAAGAGAACCACUGUUCAAGCAGACUCUCAAGGUCACGUUUCACAUUAUCACGAGCUUAUGAGUCGUGUUUGGCCUGUCAACGCUUAUUUCUUACCGCAAAUUAAGCCCCUCAAAUAUUUUUCCGGCUCAUGAAUGUGUAUAAGAAAGGUAAGAAGCAGUUUAAUUGUUACAUUUUAGAAAAUUCUUUGAAGGCUCUUCUAGGUCACAUUGAACACAACAGAUGUGGAAGUUAAUUGAAUAAAUUAAUAAAUGAAAGUAAAUAAUUCGGUUAAUUCUUGUUUACGUGUUAUUUAUUAGGCCCGGCGAAUUCUUAUUAAAGUGUGCAAGAACCUCUAUAACCUAUGUAAUGAUCUUGGAAAAACAAUACAUGGAUUUCAAACUGGGCUCCUAACAAUGUGGCUCGGGCUCCUAACUUUAAACUUUAGGAGCCCGAAGGGCUCCCUAAAAUUUUUCUUAGGCAGCAGCCUUGAAGGUUGUCAGAAAGUUUUGAAGUAGAUGGCCAGUCCAGGGAUAUUUUAUUUAAAAAAUGCCAUCCUUAAAGAAAUGCCAAGCACAGUAGCCAGCCGAUACUUAAAAACCAAGUAGGCGGCAAUUUUCGCUGGCAGCUGGCUACUUUUGACAACCCCGUUUUAUUAUUAAAUUAUGAUUCUUAUCCUUCCAAAUUACCCAAAAGCAGAUAAUAUAUAAUAUUGAUGGCACUGAGGACAUGAAAUUGUGCCCUUAGCAUGUUUUUGUCCAUUUUUCUCGUUAGAUACUGUCACCAGUUUUACAAGAUGGUUCUGAUAAUCUUUGAGACAAGAAAUAGGAGAAGGCCAUUUGGAAUUGUUGCUUUAUAUUCUUGUUCAUCAGGAGGGACCAAGGAUUAGGGACCACAUAAGUCAUGGAGAAGUUAAUCUGCAAAAAAUCUCACAAGAAUCAGCCAAUCACAUUUUAUGCCUGUGCAUUGCGUUUGCAGGAUUGUACCUUUACCCAGAUAAGAUCAACAGAUUCAAUGGUGAUUAUCUAUUUCCUGUCAGCAAAAGAAUAUGUGAAAUAGCAAGGAGUUACAAAUCACGCUUUCAUCCAGUUUCUCUUGCAAGAAAGACAGUGUGUAAACUAACACUUUCUUUAUUAAAAUGGCAGGAUUUACCCAAUCCAUUUCUGGAUGAAUUCAGUGGUUUAGAGAGCAGUGAUGGAAAACUGUCUACACAGAUUGCAGAUGCCACAAGGCUUGCGAAGAGUUAAUAACAUCAUUGUUUGUAGACAAUGUGUCCAAGCUGUUUCCACUUCAAUUUGAUUUGGGAAAAGUUAAUACAUUUGUUGAAGUUGUGGUAGAACUCUUGAACAUAGCACAAUUUCCUACCCUGUACAGGCCUAAAGAGCAAAUAGAGGUAGCUGUUUUACUAAGGAACAUAGCACAGCAUGGAAUUGUAAUUUCUGGACAGGUCAGUAGGAACACACUUCAUCUGUAGUCUGUAGGGUUCCUCAUCAAAGUUUUCUUAUAACCAAAUGUGGUAAAUAUUUAGUAAAGUAAAGAGGUGUUGUCUCAAAAAUUUAAAUUUGUGAAUUUAUGAGAUUGGUUACCAUAUUCAGAGAGAACAAGUGUAAACAGGAUGGGGGUUUAUAAGCACCAUUAUGCUCUGAUGCCUCCAUAGAAUUUAUUCUAAAAUAGGCCUGGAUCAUAACAGUUACAUUCCUGGCUUAUUUUAGAAUUAAGACCUAUAAUUAUGGAGUCACUGGAGCAUGAUGUUGCUUAAUAUAUCUCCCCACCAAUUUAAUUUGCUGUAAAUAAACAACCUCAGUUCAAAGUAAGGUUUUUCUUUUUCAGCCAUUAUUUAUGAAUAGAGAUUUUGUGGUAGUUUUUAACUUUGGUAAUUGACUGAGAAUAGUAACUAUUUCAAGAUAUACACACACUCAUUAAAUGUCAAUUUCUUAAUGUUUUCCUUGUGGAUAAAAUUUGUUAAUUAAUUUUACAAGGAAGAAAAAUAGAAUGCUGAAGAUUUGGUUGUCUUUUCAACCAGAUCUGUGAGACAGCCUCAAGAUCAGUGAGAUUUGAACAGUGGCAGAACAGGCAGCUAAGACAGCGACAAAGGACAAACUACAAACGACUGUGGUCACAGGUUCCACUCAUAUUUGUAGCCCUGCAGUUUAUUGUCAUCAUCAUUGUCAUAGAACUGUUUCAACUGCCAAAGAACAGAGAUCAAAGUAACAGGAAUACUUUCACAAGGUAAUAAAACUGCAGCUUUAUUUUUUGUAACAUGAUUCAAAAUCAAUUGAUCUAAACCCAUUCAAGUAAAAGUAAAAAAAACAUCCACAAAAACAAAGAUCUAUUUUUAAGCAUCAACAUUACCGUGGAUAGGAUAUAGGGAGUAAAAUAAGCUAACUAGUUUCUAAAUCACUAGCUAGAAUCAUGGCAGUUUUGUUUUAGUACAUUUAUUUACAAAGUCUUCUGUCCUGGUAACCCACAUUAAAUCACAGAAUGACUUCUUAUGUUUUCCACAAAAAAGUGUCUAUUAAGUAAGUUUGUGAAUUUACAUGCAUGUUUGGAGACAACGACAACGUGACGUAGAGGUUAUGGCUUGCAAUGUAACCAUUGUUUCCAAAACAACAAGCAGUUACUUUAAUUUAUCAUUAUUUUUCACACAUUCUUGCAGGUUCAUCAAACGAUGUCUUCAGUGUACAGAGAACAUGGAAUCUCUAUCCAGCACAACAAAAAACCGAUGGGAUGAAUGUAGUACUACAGCAAAGAUGUUGGUGGAGUGUGUUGAACAUUAUUACGCCAAAAGAUGUGAAGUUGUGUCAUGA